GGUGACCUUUCCGUGGCGCCGGUGGUUUCCUUCCGUUCCGAGCGAGCCGGUUCGUUGGGGUGAUUCCCAUUCAACUCUGGGCGGCAUUCGACAACUUUUGCCACCAGCGAGUUCGAUUGCGUGCCCGCCUUGCCGCCGGAUAAGUUGUAACUUUAGCAAACUUAAGAAGCCGGACCGCAAACCAAGUACGUUUCGCAGGUUGGCUGUCAGUCGCAUGGCACCGAAGAGAGGAGGCUCUCUGAACGUUGGAAAUGAUGGUUGCUUCAUACACACAGCCACAGAGGAAGGCGUUGAAGUUGAGCUUAGUGUGAACGCAAAAGCAAGAAACAAAAAUCCCCAUCUUGACGCUCGAUGCUGGGUUUACCCGGGCUCAAGAUCAAGUCCCGUCUGCGGUCUGCGGGCAGGACGGGUGGACGGGUUUUGUGGAGCCGCACAGAAACCUUACUGUCAACUUUCGCCAUCCGGCAAGGCGCACGCGAAAUUGUGCGCGAAAGUGACGAGUGAGCGUUAUGAAUAUUCCGAUGAGUUUGGAGUUCGGAGCCGACGGCGUGCGGUUGGCUUUCGGCACGUGUCGCUCCCUGCGUCAACGUCUUGGUGUGUAGUGCGACGCAGCCGGAAAUCCGAUCCGGCCACAGUAUGGUCUUGGUCUUGCCAGCGCAGAGUGUUUGCAACCAUCGGCUGAAGAUGACGAGGACCUGCAGGAAUCCGAUCGUGACGAUACUAUGGCUGUGUGCGCUUGCCACCGUCCGGUGCAGUGCGCAAACGACGAUCGGUGCUAGCGUAGUGCUCGAUCCACAGGAUGUGACGGUGAUUGUGGGCGAGCGGCAGUCGUUCUUUGCCAAGGUGCGGGGCAUGCUGUCGCAGGACGCACGGCUCAACCUGACCACCGACCAUACCGAUCUGGUCGAGAUAUUUCCCACCUCGAUCGUGGUAAACCCGGGCGACGGAGGUUUUAUCGAUCGGGUGUACGAGAUCGUACUGCUCGGCCUGUCCCCUGGUCAGUUCGACGUGGAUGCGAACGUGCUACCGACCGGGCUGAUCGAUGAUGCGGCCGCGUUCAUUCGCGUGACGGUCGCCAACUCGCAGCCCAUCAUCUUGAUCUCGAGCGUGAUCGGGUGGAUCUACUUUGCGGCGUGGACCGUCUCCUUCUGGCCACAGAUGAUCGUCAACUAUCGGCGGCAGAGUGUGGUGGGACUGUCGUUCGACUUCCUCACGCUGAAUCUCGUCGGCCACUCGGUGUACGCCGCGUUCAACUGUGCGCUGUUCUGGAGCGGCUUCAUCGAGCAGGAGUACCUGGACCGCAAUCCGCGCGGUCUCAACCCGGUACUCGCCAAUGAUGUAGCGUUUUCGAUACACGCCACCAUCGCUACGCUGCUCACGGUGACGCAGUGCUUCAUCUACGAGCGUGGUGAGCAAAAAGUGUCCCGAAUCGCGUGGGGCAUCAUUACCGUGUUCAUCGUCGUCAUCAUCGUGGCGGGUGUGCUGGUCGGUACGGCCACCUUUCACUGGUUGGACUUUUUGUACGUGCUGAGCUACAUCAAGCUGUCGGUGACGCUGAUCAAGUACGUACCGCAGGCGGUACUGAACUUCCGUCGCAAGAGCACCGUUGGCUGGAGCAUAGAGAAUGUGCUGCUGGACUUUACCGGAGGCAUGCUCAGUAUGCUUCAGAUGCUGCUGAACGGUUACAAUUAUGAUGAUUGGGCCUCGAUAUUUGGCGAUCCUACCAAGUUUGGGCUUGGAUUGUUCUCUGUGAUGUUCGACAUUCUGUUUAUGGUGCAGCAUUACGUCCUCUACAGGAAUCGUGCGAAUGAGAAAACGUUACAGGAAGACUCGUCGACAACGACCACCACCGCUAGUAACGGAGGAAGCAAGGACAGUCUGCCGUCAACAUGCGUUUUUGGCCUAUUGCUUAUUAUUGCAGCAUCAACGACGGCUCAAAGCAACAAAACGCUGUUGCGCUUACAGUUUGGACCACAGGACACGACGAUUAUCGUGGGUCAAACUAGGAAUGUAACGCUUCGCUUACACGGGCCCCUAUCCGAACCGGUAACUGUAAACUUCACGCAAACCAACGCCACUAACGCCAAUGCCUACGUGCAAGUGACACCCAGUACGAUCGCAUUCACUCCGCCACCUUCCAAUUUUAUCGACCGCUCGGAGCGCGUGUCAUUGCGCGGACUGCGGGCAGGCAUAUUCGAUCUGUUGGCCCAUCUCUCUCCCUCCAGCGCACUGGUCGACCAAAGCCAAGCGUUCGUGCGCGUCACGGUAGCGAAAUCGUGGAGUCUUAUCAGCGUAUCGUCCGUGAUCGGAUGGACGUACUUCCUCGCCUGGACGUGGUCAUUCUGGCCACAGAUAUGGGAAAAUCGGACCCGCGCCAGCGUAGUCGGCCUUUCGUUUGACUACCUCGCGCUGAACCUGCUGGGCCACACGAUGUAUGCCGCCUUCAACUGUGCGCUGUUUUGGAACGGUUCCGUACAGGCGGAGUACCUGCGGCGCAAUCCACGCGGCUUGAUACCGGUGCUGGCAAAUGAUGUGGCGUUUUCGCUGCAUGCCGUCUUUGCAACGGGGCUGAUCAUUGUGCAGUGCUUCUUCUACGAGCGUGGCCAACAGAAGGUGUCCUACACGGCGCGCGCCAUCAUGACUGUGUUCGCCCUGGUUUUGAUGAUAUCGGGCGUGUUGGUUGCUACCGGUACGUACCUUUGGCUGGAUUUCUUCUACAACCUUAGCUACAUUAAGCUAGCCGUUACAUUGGUCAAGUACAUACCGCAGGCCGUGCUGAACUACCGGCGCAAAAGCACGAUCGGAUGGAGCAUCGGUAAUGUGCUGCUAGACUUUACCGGUGGAUCGUUCAGCAUGCUGCAAAUGCUAGUCAACGGAUACAAUUAUGAUGAUUGGGAUUCAAUCUUCGGAGAUGGGGCAAAGUUUGGUCUGGGACUGUUUUCCGUCCUGUUCGAUGUACUCUUCAUUGUGCAGCAUUACAUAUUGUACAGAAACUCCAACUACAUUGAACUUCGCGGUGAAAACUAUCCCGGUCCGGGGAGCGUGACUACCGCUCCUAGGCAGAAUAUUUCCACUUAAACGAAUGUCCGGUGCAAUCCGCUUGCAGGAUCGGAUUGAAAUUACCAAGAACUAGCUAAUACGCUGCUAGAGAUAUUGAUAAAUUGAAAAGACUUAUUUCAUUUAAUAAAUUUUACAUUUAGAGGCCAUAUAA